AUGUCUCCGUACGCUAUUCUACUACUUCUCUUUUCCACUAUUACCUUAGCCGCAGAAGAUAUGCCAUUAAAGCGCAGCAAAAGGUGCGGAAGCUGGGGCUAUCCUUGCUAUGGAGGUUAUGGAGGAUAUGGAGGAUAUGGAGGAUACGGUGGAUACGGUGGGUACGGAGGAUGGGGAGGAUACGGUGGAUGGGGUUACUCAUACCCUUCCUUUGGGUUAGGUUAUGCAGGAGGCUACUAUCUUGGUGCCCCUUGGGGAUGGGGACAGCAACAGCAGCAAUGCAUAGGACCAUGUGUAAAUCUUCAGUGCCCAGCAGGAUACACGUGCAACCAAAACACAAACCAAUGCUGUCGAUAG